ACAGCCAGCCAUUCUUCAUUCUAGGUUACAGAAUGUGCAUCUGUCACUUACCUUGUCGACCAGUAAAACCAAACAUUAUUGGAGAACAGAUAUCCAGUAAAAUGGGCGCCCAUUAUCAUUGUAUCAUUUGUUCAGCAACAAUCACCAGAAGAACUGAUAUGCUAGGACAUGUUAGGCGCCAUGUGAAUAAAGGAGAGACUAAAUCCAGUUAUAUUGCUGCUUCUACUGCUAAAUCAUCUAAUGAAAUUUUGAAAGAGGCAGACACAGAUGUACAAGUUUGUCCUAACUAUUCCAUUCCUCAGAAAACAGAUUCCUAUUUUAAUCCCAAAAUGAAACUAAAUCGAUUAUUGCCUCCUUCUAGACAGCUAAUAUUUUGUACAUUGGCUGCUUUGGCUGAGGAACGAAAGCCUUUGGAAUGUCUAGAUGCCUUUGGAGCCACUGGUAUAAUGGGAUUGCAGUGGGCAAAACAUCUUGGAAAUGCAGUCAAAGUUACAAUUAAUGACUUGAAUGAAAACUCGGUGACAUUGAUUCAGGAAAACUGCCAUUUAAACAAAUUGAAAGUUGUGGUGGACAGUAAAGAAAAGAAAGGGAGUGAUGAUAAUCUUGAAGAAGGAGAGGAAAAUCUUGGUAAUAUUAAGGUGACCAAAAUGGAUGCCAAUGUACUAAUGCAUUUGAGAUCUUUUGAUUUCAUACACCUAGACCCUUUUGGAACAUCUGUGAACUACCUAGAUUCUGCAUUCAGAAAUAUAAGAAACCUUGGCAUAGUAUCGGUGACUUCUACAGAUAUCAGUUCCUUAUAUGCCAAAGCACAGCAUGUUGCGCGACGUCACUAUGGCUGUAACAUUGUCCGAACUGAAUAUUACAAGGAACUAGCAGCCAGAAUUGUUGUAGCUGCAGUGGCAAGAGCUGCAGCCCGAUGUAACAAAGGCAUAGAAGUACUAUUUGCAGUGGCUCUAGAACAUUUUGUCUUGGUGGUUGUGAGAGUUUUGAGGGGACCUACUUCAGCAGAUGAAACAGCCAAAAAGAUUCAGUACUUGAUUCAUUGUCAGUGGUGUGAAGAAAGAAUUUUUCAGAAGGAUGGUAAUAUGGUAGAAGAAAACCCAUAUAGACAGUUGCCCUGUAACUGUCAUGGAAGCAUGCCUGGAAAGACAGCAAUAGAACUUGGACCUCUGUGGUCAAGUUCCCUUUUCAGUACUGGGUUCCUCAAAAGAAUGCUGUUUGAAUCUGUGCACCAUGGAUUGGAUGACAUUCAGACCCUAAUAAAGACAUUGAUUUUUGAAUCAGAGUGUACUCCUCAGAGUCAAUUUUCAGUUCAUGCACCUUCAAAUCUCAACAAGCAAGAAGAAAACGGUAUAUCUGUUAAAACUACAGAUGAUAACACAACAGAUAACACUGCACAAGGAAAGAGAAAAUGUAGUGAAAUGAUUACAAAUUUAGUCAAGAAGCAAAAGACUGAUGUCAUUACUGAACAUCCUCCCUUCUAUUACAACAUCCACAGACACAGCAUUAAAGGAAUGAACAUGCCAAAGUUAAAAAAGUUUUUGUGCUAUCUUUCUCAAGCAGGCUUUCGAGUAAGCCGAACUCAUUUUGACCCAAUGGGUGUUCGUACAGAUGCACCUCUGAUACAGUUUAAAUCUAUCCUUUUAAAGUAUAGCACCCCCACUUACACUGGAGGACAGUCAGAAGGCCAUGUCCAGUCAGCAUCAGAGGAUACAGUAGCUGACAGGGUUGAAAUGUCAGUGAAUGACAAAGCCGAAGCAAGUAGCUGCAGAAGAUGGUAGACAGAGGGAAGUUAUUCUCAGGUGUCUGUGUAGAUGGCUCAGUAGUUCUCUAUACCAACAGUAGUUUUUUGGGGGUUUUUUCUCUAUUCUUUCAAUUCAGUGGUAUGAAAAUAAAAAAUAGUGCUGCUUUCAUUCAGAAAAUUAGCGGUUUCUAACUUAGCUGGUUUGGGAGCUUUUCAGGUUUUUCUUAUUUUAAGAAAACUAAAUUUUAAUGGAAACAUUUCACAUGAAGCCAAGGUUCUGACUGAGAUCACCCUACUAUUUAGUAAUUCAGUAAAUUUUCACAUGCUUGCUGUUCAGAAUUCAUGUACAUUUAGAAAGCCAUCCUACACUAUUCUUUUUUCCUUUUUUUUCCCCCCAUCUUCAGUGCUGCAGAUCAAACCUGGAGCCUCAUAUAUGCUGGGCAAGGUGCUUACGACUGAGCUACAUCCCCAGCCUUUUUUUGUUUUUUUGUUUUUUGUUUUUAAGGCAGAUUCUUGAUGUGUUACCCAAGCUAGCCUGGAACUCCUCUAAGUAGCUGGAACUGCAGACGUGUGCUACCAUGCCCAUGUUAUGCUUUACUAUUCUUAAUCAUGUUUCUACUUGAACUGAUCCAUGAUAUUUAUGUUUUUCUGUGGUUAGUAUACAAAUGAAAUCAAAACCUUUUAUAUAUCAAAAUGACCCUAACUAUAUAAGAAACAGCAUUCUUCCAGGUCACUCAUAUAUUUUACAAAUGCAAAGCUUAAAAUAUUUUCUCAUUUUUUAAGAAAUCAUACUCCACACACUGAUCUUUUAAUUUAUUACUAGCUUUUGAGAAAUACUUGCCUGAGACAGAAAUACAUUUUUUACAAGUAUGUAAUCUAGGUGACCAAACUUCAUUGUAAGAUUUUUGUCAAAAUACAUUAAGACCUCUUAUAAUCGUUCACAAGUACUGAAAUCCCAAUGAGGAGAGAUUUUGUUAUGAAUUAAACAAGUUGGGUGAUCUCAAGUGCCUCAGUUAGUGCAUGUCCGGUAUUCAUUUGGUUAGUUGUGCCCACUAAGAAGUAAAAAUUGUCACCUUAUGACAUGAAGAUUUUUGGGUUUUGGAAUUGUUUUUUUCCUUUGGUUGGUUUUUCAAGUUUUGUUGUGUGUGUGUAUUUGUGUAAAUUUUUUUGUAAUAGUUGCCUAGACUGACGUAACUAAAAAUCAGUUGAACAAAUACCUUGUUUGCAUUAAUAUCAUUCUUGCUUCAUCUGAAUAUAAAAUUUUAGGUGAAAGGAUUUGGUAUAAAGUUUAGGUUUUUGUCUCAGUGAUUUACAUAUUUACCUGAAUUUCUCAAGGGAAGUAACUUUUUACAACCAUUAACAUUCAUAACUGAUAGGUUUGAAAACACUGCAUAAGAAAAAGCUACUGUGACAUAUAAAAACCUAGAUGAUGGGGAGGAUAGAGUUAGAUGAACACAGUUAAUUUAGCAGAAAUAAAGGAAAAUCUCUGUUAUUACAGCAUGUUCCCAGAGGAUACUUUUUUCUCUCUCUGCAGUUACAUUUCAGUAAAGUAAGGAAUAAGUAAAAUGCAGGUUAGUUUCUAUAACUAUAAAAAAAUCAGCCACUCCAAUUGUUUCCUAUUAAAAUUAUAUUACAAAAAACAAAUAAAUUAUUUUUCAUUUGUACAAUUCAAAAGAAAAACUACUGUAAACCCAGGAAGCAAACUAGUGCUUGAUUAUCUGAUUAAAAUACAUAUUGUUAAAUUGAAGAUCAGUGUCAAAUUUUGCUAAAUGUUUAUCAGCAUGACAUAUUGGUCAAUGCUGAGAUGAAGUUUAUGCAGAGAGCCUAAUUUGAUACAGAAAGAUGUAAUUAUUGUCUAAAGUAUAUAUGUAGUAUAUUAAUUUCACAUAUAAAGGCAGGUUUUCCAAAGAAAAAAAUGGAACAAAAUAGUUUAAAACUAUGAUAAGGUACAUCAACCUAAAGAAGUACUUUAAAAAUUUCAUCUAGUUCUAUAUUAGCAAUCUUGUUCCCUUAACAACAAUUGUAAUUUGGGACACUCCCAAUGUUGACUGCAUUAUAAAGUGAUAUCACUUGUGUUCCUUCAUUAAAAUAUCAGAAACUAGUUCAGGAAA